UGAUUUUUUAACUUUAAUUAGUAGAGAUAAUAUAUUCUGUAAAGUAACAUUAUUUUUGACAGGAGUCCAAUAUAAGCAAUGGAAACAAUUAAAUUUCUUUUGUCUCUUUUAAUUGUCAAUAAAACUCAAUUUCUCCGGCAGUUCGUGGGGUUCGUUCUGUCACGGUAAUUUAAACUGAUCAUGUUAAAUCAAUAAAGGAAAACGGGGAUAAGCUGAAUUAUGAUCGUUAUAUUGGCUACAAUUCUUUGCUGGUCCCUUAAAACUGGAUAAAAAGGAAAUAAAAUCUACAAAUUUAGUAACUCCAUUGGAGAGUAGCUAACAGACAUUUUUUAAUUGUUGACAAAAAUGGUGAAAAACUUCCACAUAUCAUGAAACAGCAUUUUAAGACUAAAUCUUUGAAAACUGAUUUCGAAGAUAAAGCGUUGAAGGCGAGUUUUCCAUAGCAGAAAGGUUUUUGAAAAAAAAGGUCCUUUAAAUUUAAUUAAAUCGUUUUCUUGUAAAUAUGUGUUUAUGGUCGUAAAGGUGUUAAGUCAUAUUCCAUGUUUGUUCCUAAUAUAUUUUUCAAUACCAUGCAGACAUUAAAACAAAGGAUUUUAAAGCUCCCCCGCUGAAACUACCUACUGACGACGGAACAACAAGAAAUAAACGAAUUUAAAAAAAAUGCUCUACUGACAGGGCCACUUUCGAUUGAUUAGAAUGUAAUAGUUAGACUUAAGAAAUUAUCUGCUGAAUUCAGUGAGUUUGUGUUUAAAAAACUAAGAAAAUCAUGUAAAAAGGUAGUCCACAAAUUCUUGAUUUAAUGACAUUACCUCGUGUCAGCUCGUCAGCCAAACAGAACCCGUUUAGCGGAAGUGUCAAUUAGCAUUGUAGGUCAACAUGUUUGCCACAAUAUUCAAACUUGACGUUUCUUUUACAGAGACCGAACUGCAGUUAAACUGCAAUAUAUUGGAUUGUGUCCAGUGUAGACUGCACCGGACAUUGGGUCGCUGGCGAUGGCUUGGCAGCAGUACAGGCGAAUCUGCAGCCCAUUUUUGCUGAUUCUAUGGAUUUUCACUCUCUUCAAUAAUGUCAAAGGAGUUCCAAGCGAUUCAGUUGUCACAAAGGCUCGAUGUUACGCAAACUGCCUCACUCAGAACACACCUGCCAAUGAAACAGAGAAGACUUGCCAGACGUCAACCUGCAAAGAGUGCCUUAUUCCAUGUGGAGUUUCCUUCUCUGACGAAGAUACGUGCAAGCGAAGUUGUAAUAACGCAAGCAGCUGUUUGAAAAGCUGCGAGUUUUUGGCGCAGUUACAGAACUUUUCCUCCAUACUGGCUGGGGAUGGUUCCUUUCCACCAAAACCUAGCAUACCAAUAGUAACAAGCAGGAAUUUCACCUCAAUCUCACUGAAGUGGGAUCCUGUGCGCAACACGAGUGGUGCAGUCGUGUACCUAAUCGAAAUGACCUUUACCGGAGAACAAUCUAGAUUUUCUCCUAGAUACUUGUCAGAGGUCUUCGUCAGCUCACAGGCUACAGUCAAGUUUGAACAUCCUUGUGUGUAUUUGUAAUACUUGUUUAUGUCUGCGACGCUCUCCGUCUAACUAGCGUAGACUUCUUCUUUUCUCGUUCCCGUUUCCGUUCACACGUUUGUCUCUGAGCUCUAGCACAUUUUAUGUUUCACGUUUUCGUUUCCCACCUCGUUUUGUUAGAUUUUAUUUCAUUUU